AUGUCGAAGAAGACGUUCACCGCCGAGGAGCGCCGACGAGCGAUCGAGCAGUUCAGCCCGAAGAUCUUCUACUCAGACCGAUACUCUGACGACGAGUGGGAGUACAGGCAUGUGAUUCUCCCUAAGCAGCUGUGGAAGUUUGUUCCCUCCGGUGUCCUCCCAGAGGAGACGUGGCGGAGCCUCGGUAUCCGCCAAUCGCCCGGCUGGGAGAUGUACAUGUGCCACGGACCUGAGCCGCAUGUCCUCCUCUUCCGCCGGCCCAAGGACUACGACCUCCUGAACCCCCCGCUCAGCAGCGGUGCGCGCGCCGCCCGCCGCGCCAAUCUGCAGCAGCAGCUGCAGGCGCAGCAGGCUCACUAA